AUGUCAGGCGCUCGUCCGGCAACGCACGCAGGCAGCUGGUAUGAUGAUGAUUCAAAGACGCUUGACGAGCUCUUGUCUGACUGGCUAGGCGAAGUCGAUUCUACGCCAUGCCAAGAAGACAAGGACUUUGCCCCGCCGGUGCCCAAUCUCAAGGCCAUCAUAUCUCCGCAUGCCGGUUAUGCGUAUUCUGGCGCAGCAGCGGCCUGGGCAUACGCCUGUAUCGAACCUUUUGCAUACAAGCGAGUCUUUAUAUUAGGGCCGUCACAUCAUGUCUAUCUCAAUGGCUGCGCGCUGUCUCAGCGCUCGUCAUACAAGACGCCGCUUGGCAAUCUCCCCCUGGAUCUGGAUACGAUCGCGCGGUUGCGAGCGACGCGCCAAUUCGAGGACAUGUCACCGUCUGCAGAUGACGACGAGCACAGUAUAGAGAUGCAGCUACCCUACAUCGCCAAAGUCUUUCAGGGACACGCAGUCAACAUCGUGCCCAUCAUGGUCGGAUCCAUCUCGACAAGCAAGGAGUCUGCAUUCGGCAAAUUACUCGCGCCGUACCUCGCAGACGAGGAUACGCUGUUCGUGAUAUCUAGCGACUUUUGCCACUGGGGCACGCGCUUUGGCUAUACUUACUAUGUCCCGAAGGAAGACUCUUCGGCACCUGUCCAGCUGGCCAAGACCAACAGCGCUCACGCAGACUUCCCAAUCCACAAAUCCAUUGAGCUUAUCGAUCGGGAAGGCAUGCGACACGUUGAGCUGACAAAAGACAGCGGAAAGUCUGCUCAAGACGCCCACCGUGACUUUGCAAGCUAUCUCACACGAACAAAGAAUACCAUCUGCGGUCGUCACCCCAUUGGCGUGCUCCUCGCCACCAUCGCAAGCUUGCAAGACAGCAAGACUGCUGGCUUCGCUCAGGAUGACGUCCGACUUAAAUUUGUGCGCUAUGAAAGGAGUAGUCUAGUCAAGAAGCUCUCCGAUAGCUCAGUCUCGUAUGCGAGCGCAUACUUCACAGCCUCGACACAGACGGUGUAG